CCCUUCACUGAGGGAACCAAAUGCCGAACGCCCAAAAUUUAACUUUCAUCGUACGUCACAAUGCUGAUAAAAUGCUUUAUCAGCGUUAAGUGAUUUUGCUUCUCUAUACUUUGCGGAAGCUUAGCACAGGCUUUGUUAGUCUUUUUAGCGCCACGGCCUUGACAGCACCAUUCUACAGCACCAGGCCAGAGUUAUGCUCGCGUACCCAAGUGCUUAGCGUUUUGUUUCUGGAAUCUUCCUUAGAAACGCCAAAUAAUAUCGAACUAGGCUAACGACAAAGGGACGUAUCGUCUCGGGUGAACUGGUAGUUCAGAAACCAGGAAGGCCAGAAGGCUAUCUCUGUCUGUCUGUAGUCUAUCUAUCGUGACGUUAUUCCUGUAUUCAGUUAUUGGUCAGUUGGUUGAACCACCAGUUCACAAUCGCGAUCUGACAAUUACCGGUACUUAAAUAAUGGACACCAACGGAAGCAUUAAUGAAAAGGAUAUUUUUGAGGAGUUUGGUCAACCUUUGGAGGUUGGAGAUUCAUGGUAUCUAAUAUCAGUGAGCUGGGUUAACAAUUGGAAAAACCAUGCUGGAAUCGAUGACUCAAGUGGUGAAAAUCCAGGACAAAUAGACAACUCCAGAUUGUUUGAAGAAAAUUCUGAUACCUUGCGGGAACAUUUACUGGAAGAAAGUGAAUAUAUGUUGAUUCCUGCUGAAUGCUGGAAAAAGCUCGUUCAUAUUUAUGGAAUACCAGAAGGACAAAAGCCUAUUUGUAGGAAGGUAAUUGAGACCGGAACAUUUUCCAAACAAACAACUGUUGAAAUAUAUCCGCCUUGCAUCAGUAUGAAACAACAUGAUGGUGACGGCCAAAUUGUCAAGGAAAACUUCAGUAGAGUAGCACUAAUAGGUGAUAUUCACAAAAGAAUGAAAGAAAUAUUUGGAAUACCUGUGGAACAAAUCACCCGAUUGUAUAUUGAAGACAGUUCUGAAAACUCACUUGAUGAUAAAUUUUCAAUGGAGAAGGCUGGAGUUGGUCCCACAUCGGUGGUUGUGAUAGAAAAACAAAAUGAUAAUAAAACUUGGCCUCGAUCAACGAUUGCACCUCCUUCAUAUACAGAAGCUACAACGUCAACGUCAUCAACUCUGUCAAAAUAUAAUACUAAGAAUUCUAAUUCUUCAUCUUUUUCUUCCAGUAACGGAAGCCACAAUACAAGAUACAGUUCAAACAAUAGUUAUCGUUCAUAUCGAGAUACACCAGGGAUAUGUGGUCUCAGCAACUUGGGCAACACUUGUUUCAUGAAUAGCGCAAUCCAGUGUUUGAGUAACGUCUCUCCUCUUACGAUGUAUUUUUAUGAAAAUAAAUAUAUCAAGGAGCUGAACAGAACAAAUCCUAUUGGCAUGCGGGGAAAAUUAGCUGAAACUUAUGCUACCUUGAUCCAUGAUAUUUGGUCAGGAAAUCAUUCUUCUGUAUCACCACGUGAAUUCAAGUAUAAAGUAUCCAGUUUUGCUCCACAAUUUUCUGGAUAUCAGCAACAUGACAGUCAAGAACUUAUGGCAUUUUUGAUUGAUGGUCUUCAUGAAGAUUUAAACCGAAUUGACAACAAACCGUAUGUGGAAUUAAAAGAUUCAGCAGGACGUCCUGAUUAUGAUGUUGCCAUAGAAGCCUGGAAAAAUCAUUUAAGAAGAAACGAUUCAAUCAUUGUUGACAUGUUUCAUGGAUUGUUCAAAAGUACAAUUGUUUGUCCCGACUGUGACAGAGUCUCUGUAACCUUUGAUCCAUUUGGAUAUUUACCACUUCCUCUGCCAAAGGCAAAAGAUAGGAUGAUUCCUUGUACUUUCUUUCCUAGAGAUGCUAAAAAACCUGUGACAAAGUACAAUGUGACAGUAUCAAAAGACGGAUGCAUAAGAGAUUUAUGUAAAGCAUUGGCAAAACAGACUGGAACUGAAGAAAAUGAACUCAUCGUAACUGAUGUUUACAACUGUAGAUUCUACAAAAUCUAUAGAGGAAGUGAAAGUAUCGGCAAUUACACAGAUCGAGAUAAUUUGUUCGUUUUCCAAAUUGGAUUUGAUGAAGAAGUUGAAAAUGAUGCAAAUGAACAAGAAGAAGAAGAAAAGUUAGAAUAUGCUCGUGUUGUCAUGAGACAGUGUAGUAGUGCCCACGGGAUGAGACUCUUUGCACACCCGUUUUUGAUUCCUGUAAAAUCAGGAGUAACAACAUAUCGAAAAUUGUAUAACUCAAUACUUGCUGCAGUAUCUCGCUAUGUCAAACAAGAGUACAAAGAAAACAUAAAAAUGUUGUCAGAAUUGAAAAGAUGUGAAUUGAAUGAAUCCAUUGGUUCUGAUGUUGAUGGAAAUGAAGUCGGUGAUACAAAUAAAGAGCAGGAUGAAAUGGAAGAUGAAACGCAAUGGUUCAAACUUGUUACAAUCAAUUCAUUUGGAACAACCGUUUAUAAGGAGCUCAAAGAUAAUGAUGAACCAAUCAAGUUCACAGGUGAUGUUUACUUUUCUGCUGAAUGGGACAGUGCAACAUGUGAAGAGUAUGCCGAAGAAAAUUGGUCGGAUACUUUCAAAAACGAUGAAUCCAUGAAUAAAACUGGGAACAAAGACAAAGGAAUAAACUUACAGAAAUGCAUGGAAUUUUUUACAACUCCUGAAAAACUGGGAAAGGAGGAUUUGUGGUAUUGUCCUAAAUGUAAAGACCACAAGCAAGCAACAAAGAAGUUUGAUUUAUGGACAUUACCACCCGUUCUCAUUAUUCACUUGAAAAGGUUUUCAUACACACGUUGGUCGAGAGAUAAAAUAGGAACAUAUGUUGAUUUUCCAACAAGAGAUCUAGAUUUGUCUGAUUUCAUUAUCAACCCUGCUAAGAGCAAGUGGCAUGAACAAAAGAAGAGAUAUAAUCUGAUUGGUGUAUCAAAUCAUUAUGGGGGUAUGGGAGGCGGACAUUAUACUGCAUAUUGUCGUAAUUAUAAAGAUGGAAAAUGGUAUUAUUUUGAUGACAGUAGUGUUACUGAAAGCUCCGAAGACAAAGUCAAGACAAAAGCUGCUUAUAUGUUGAUGUAUCAGAGACAAGACAUUGAGGAAUGGGUUAACAAAGAAGGAGAUGAUGAUUUCAAUUUCUUGGAAUCAAUGGUGAGUCCAAGGAGCUGCCACGUUCGAGGAUUCGAUUUUGACGUGAGUGAGAAAAAGAGAGAGCAACUAUUCAACGGAAAUGAUUCAAAUUUAUCUAACUGUGGUGAGGAAGAAAUGGAUACCAGUUGAUUAUGAACUGAAUGUCAUUUUUUGCACGCAAAGUUUUUGUAAAGCACAUAAAUAAUUUUGACGACUUUAUUUUUCAAAAGAUUAGAAAAUUUGGUAUUGUAUCGCUUUCCUUAAAAUAACAUGUAGAGAAAUUACAAAUGAAAAAUUGCUUAAGCAAUGUCAUUCUUUGUAUUUGAUCCCCCGAUGAAAUAUCUUGUUAAUUCACGCCUCAUUAUGUAUCUUUUUAUUCAAGAUAUUUAUUUAUCUGCAAUUUAAAAGUUAUGGAAGCUAAUGUUAUCUUGGCCUACCGCAACUUUUUAGGGACUACCGGUAAUCCACGGCCACUGCAACUUAACUAAAACUUUUGGGGUAACAAAAUGACCACUGAAAUCAUUGCAUCAUCUUUGACAUAUUUUAAGAAGAUGCUCUGGGUAGCAUCCUUGUUAGCAUGACCUCGUUAGUCACAGCUGAACAGGAAUAUCUUGUAUGCGACGACCUGUUUGUGAACGAAUCUACUUAUCAUAUUUAGUUUGAUCUGAUUGACCGAUUAUUUUGGAAAGUUCUUUUAUCGAUAUGUAUUUCUAUAUUUCGUCAUUAUCUCGUGAGUUCAAUUUGGUUCCAAUUACUUAUAUCAAAAGAUACACUUUUUUUUAUUUUGAGGUUGAAAUAGGUUACUCUGCUCAUCUACAAUAUCAUAGAGCUCAUUUAUUCUUCAUUGAUUAUUUUUACAAAUAUAGAAUAGCAAUAUAAUUGUUAAUUCCAUGGUAUUGAAAUCUCAAUUGGUUUAUAGCCACACAAAUAUAGAAUAGCAAUAUAAUUGGUAAUUUCAUGGUAUUGAAAUCUCAAUUGGUUUAUAGCCACUAUGAUUUAUAUUUCAUCAUUUUUAUUGUACCCUUCUGGCCUGCAUGUUUUUUUCUUGCUUAUGUUCCUGUAUUGUCUACUUCUGCUUCAUUCAUUGUCUUUACCUCCUGUAUUAUCUUGUGAUUAAAAUGUUCAUGAGAAUAUGCAGAACUUAAUUUAUGGGCAAUCUUGUUGAUAUUUGACCAGGUUCUUCCAAUUUUUUCAGAAAGAGAUAAUUUCUGAACCUCGUGAUUGAAUGUCAUAGAUUCCACUUGUAACCAGAGGAAUAGUUGUGUGACCAGAUUAUUCAUUUUUCUUAUACCUCUGGUAGAAAAUGUAAAUUGGAUAAAUAUAAAUUGAUUUUGCUGAUGCAAUGUUUUGGUUUCGUGCCUAUUUAUAAGGAUCACAUAUGUAUAUCAUUUCAAUUAAUUAUUCUUAUAUAUGAGUAUGCGAAAUAAAGAGAAAUUACAGUAGA